AUGGGUAAUACAGGAAGUAGUGGUGUAAAUGGCCGGCGGAGACACGGUAGCAGUAGGCGGAGCCACCCGCCUCCCCCGUCACUGCAAUCACCACAGUCCGAAGUUAUGGCGAACCGAUAUGUUGUCGCUGCGGCGACCCCGUAUCCUUCUCAAUUCCCUAAUCCUCCUCCUUAUUAUGGCUAUUACCCGGCGGUGCCGUUGCCGGCUCCAUAUGAUCACCACCACCGUCAUCCGCCGCACAUGGACCCAAAUUUGGUAGGUGGGCGGUACCCAUAUGGGCCUCCUAUGCACCACUCCGCCCCAUAUGUGGAGCAUCAAAAGGCGGUGACCAUAAGGAAUGAUGUUAACCUCAAGAAGGGAACUUUAAGGGUCGAGCCUGAUGGAGAGAACCCUGGAAAGUACCUUGUUGCUUUCACAUUUGACGCCACGACAGCUGGAUGGUAUAGCUUUAUGUGAAUUAUGGUUGAUUAGUAUUUGAAAAUUUAGAUUUGUUACUUUAUUAAGAUUUUAUCUAUGAAUGAGAUGCUAGAGUAGUCAGUUUUGGAAUUGGAUCAUGGUAAGUUUUUGAUUAAUUGGAUUUUUGAAAAUGGUGGAUUUUUUCCCUUUUACUUUUUUGUUUGUUUCGACAAGUGAUGCUUUGGGGCUGCAAGUAUUUUAAUUUCUGUUUUGACAAUUUUGUCUUGUAAAUUUCUUGUGUCUUAUGUGACUCUAAGAAUCUUGUGCUACAAAUGUGUGAUAUAUAGUUGAGUUAUGUAAUUAGGGUUUAUGAGAAGGAGAGGAAAAGAAGAGACGAGAAGAAAUUGUGAGAGUAGAGUAGUGGGUCAGGUUACCCAGCUGCACUGAGCUUUUAUAUAUAACCUCAAAGUACAAAACUACCCUUCGUUUAAAAAUAACACAUAACAUAACACUCUCCCUCAAGUUGAUGCGUGAAUAUCCCUCAUACCCAACUUGUAAACAAUAGGAUGACAAACUUUAUUACUAAGACUCUUUGUUAAAACAUAAGCUAACUAAUUUUCUGAUUUCACAAAAGGCAUGCAAAUCAAACCCUUAUUUAACUUUUCUUUGAUGAAGUGUCGUUCAAUUUCAACAUAUUUGGUCAUGUCAUGUUGAAUCGAAUUAUGUGUAAUGUUAAUAGCAGCCUUGUUGUCACAAUAGAGUUCAUAGGUCUGUCAUCAUGAAUUCCCACAUGAAUUCCCACAGUAGUGUUUAGAGCCACAUAAGCUCACAUACUCGGAGACAUUGUUCUAUAUUCAGCUUCGGUACUAGAUCUAGCCAUUACUGUCUACUUCUCGCUUUGCCAUGUGACAAGAUUUCCUCCAAUCAAGGUGCAAUAAACCUAAAGUAGAUCUUCUAUUAUCCACUGAGUCUGCAUUACUAAAUGCUUCCAGCUUCAAGUGGUCGUUAUUAGAGAAUAUAAUCUAUUUUCUUGGAGCUGACUUCAGAUACUUCAAUAUGUGAUACAUAAAUUGAGGGGUUCAAGGAUCAUGCAUAAAUUGAUUAACUACAACCACUACAUAAGUGAUGACUAGUUGAGUAUGUGAGAGAUAUAUUAAUUUUUCCAACAGUCUCUGGUAUAUCUUUUUCUCUAUUACCUCAUCAAUACCAACACUCAGUUGAUAGUUGACUUUGAGAGGAGAAUCUGUAGAUUUGCAUCCCAACAUCCAUGUCUCCUCAAGAAGGUCAAGAACAUACUUCCUCCAAGAAAUAAAGAUAUAUUUGUCUGAUUUGGCAACCCAAUUUCAAUGAAAUACCUCAGUGGAUCCAAGUCUUUAAUUUCGAACUCCUUAGCCAACUGAGCUUUCAACUUGAUAAUUUCAUGCUCAUCAUUUUUAGUUAUCACUAUGUCGUCCAUAUAUAAAAUAAGAACUGCAAUCUUGUCAUUAACUCGCCUAACAAACAAGGUAUGAUCCACCUGACUUUAUUUGUAUCCAAAUUUUAGCAUAACUUUGAGAAACCUUUUAAACCAAGCUUUGGGAGAUUGCUUUAGCCUAUAAAGAGAUUUCUUUAUUUUACACACUUUCCCUUUAGUCAUUGGAGAUGAAAAACCUGGAGGAAUCUCCAUAUAUACUUUCUCCUCUAAAUCUCUGUGAAGAAAGACAUUCUUCACAUCUAAC